UAGUUCUAAAUUUACUUUGCCAUCGCAUAUAUACAUACACAACCAACUAAUUCAAGAAGUUACAGUAAUUAGGAGAAAUCAAUUAAGAUGCCUUCAAAACUGCUUCAUGGAACUCUUCAAGCUACGAUAUUUGAGAUUGACAGACUGCAAACUGGAUGGGGUUUUAAUUUCUGCGGCAAAGUAUUCCAUACAGAGAUGUCUACUGGAUAUGGUUUCGGUAUUGUUGGUUCGAGACUAUAUGCUACCAUUGAUUUGGAAAGGGCUCGAGUUGGACGAACCAGAAUGAUAGAAAAACAGCUUUCCAAUCCUCGUUGGUACGAAGGCUUUCGAAUAUGUUGUGCCCAUAUGGUCUCUAAUGUCAUUUUCACUGUAAAAGAUGACAAUGCUGUUGGAGCAACACUAAUUGGAAGAGCUUAUUUGCCCGUCGAGGAGAUCAUAAAUGGAUUCAUAGUUGACAGAUGGCUCCAGAUUUUGGAUGAAGAUGGCAUCCCAAUACAAGGUGGACCAAAAAUUCAUGUGAAGCUGCAAUUUUUCAGCGUAAAUCAGGAUCCCAAUUGGUCUCGAGGAAUCGGAGGUAGUCUAGCAUUUAAAGGGGUUCCCCGUACUUUCUUCAAGGAAAGACAAGGUUGCCAUGUUACCCUCUACCAAGAUGCUCAUAUGCCCGACACUGGCUUUUCGAAUUACCUCGAAUCCAAAUUAAGAUACGAGCCUCAGAGGUGUUGGGAGGAUAUAUUUGAUGCCAUCAACAAUGCAAAACACUUGAUUUAUAUGACAGGAUGGUCUGUUUAUACUCAGAUCACCUUGAUAAGGGAUCCAAAUAGGCCUAAGCCAGGGGGAGAUAUUACUCUUGGCGAGCUGCUAAAGAAGAAGGCAAAUGAAGGUGUGAGGGUCCUGUUGCUUGUUUGGGAUGACAGAACUUCAGUUGAGACUCUUAAGAGGGAUGGUCUGAUGGCAACACAUGAUCAAGAAACCGGUGAUUUCUUUCGUGACACGAAUGUUCAUUGUGUUCUCUGUCCUAGAAAUCCUGAUGAUGGGAACAGCAUAAUCCAGGGAUUUGAGGUUUCCGCCAUGUUUACCCAUCACCAAAAGACAGUAAUAGUGGACUCUGAAAUUCCAGGAUCGGGGGGCGAGCCGAAGAGGAGAAUUGUGAGUUUUCUUGGCGGAAUUGAUCUCUGUGACGGGAGAUAUGAUACGGUAGCUCAUCCCUUGUUCAGCUCUCUAAAUACUGCCCAUCAUGAUGAUUUUCAUCAACCCAAUUUUCCAGACUCCAAUAUCAGGAAAGGUGGCCCCAGGGAGCCAUGGCAUGACGUUCACUGCAAGCUGGAAGGACCUGCAGCUUGGGAUGUACUGUACAAUUUCGAACAGCGAUGGCAGAGGCAAGUCGGAAACAACUAUCUGUUCUCCCUUAAUGAGCUUUAUAGAUUUGCCAUCCCCCCAUCACCAGUGACCCAGUCGGAAGAUCACGAAACAUGGAAUGUUCAAGUUUUUCGCUCGAUUGAUGGUGGUGCUGCUUAUGGCUUCCCUGAAAAUCCUGCGGAGGCAGCUCAAGUAGGACUUGUUAGUGGGAAGGACCACAUUAUAGACAGAAGCAUUCAGGAUGCUUACAUUCAUGCUAUCCGUCGCGCAAAGAAUUUCAUUUACAUCGAAAAUCAGUACUUCUUGGGAAGCUCGUAUGGUUGGGAAGGGAAUGAUAUACAGGUUCCGGACAUCAACGCAUUGCACCUCAUUCCCAAAGAGCUCUCACUGAAGAUCGUGAGCAAGAUAGAAGCAGGGGAGAAAUUCACAGUCUACGUUGUAAUUCCAAUGUGGCCAGAAGGGAUUCCAGAGAGUGCAUCUGUCCAGGCGAUACUAGAUUGGCAAAGGAGGACAAUGGAGAUGAUGUAUAAAGAUAUUGCUCGAGCACUCCAAGCUAAGGGUGAGGGGGAUGAUGUAGACCUUAGAGACUACCUAACGUUCUUCUGCCUUGGCAAUCGGGAGUCCCGAGAGGCUGGAGAAUAUGUGCCUCCAGAAACCCCCAAUCCUGACACUGAUUAUGCCAGAGCUCAAAAAUCUAGGCGCUUCAUGAUCUAUGUUCAUGCCAAAACCAUGAUAGUGGAUGAUGAAUACAUAAUCGUGGGGUCUGCAAACAUCAAUCAGAGGUCGAUGGAUGGAGCAAGAGAUACAGAGAUUGCAAUGGGAGGGUAUCAGCCUCAUCAUCUUUCAAAUGCAGAACCAGCAAAGGGCAGCAUAUUUCAAUUCAGAAUGGCCCUGUGGUUGGAACAUCUUGAUGUACAUGAUUACGUGUUUUAUCAUCCAGGGACAUUGGAAUGUGUCAGGCAAGUGAAUUUACAUGCAGAGAGAAGUUGGGAGCUCUACUCGAGUGAUACAUUUCCUGAUAAUGAGGACCUCUCGGUCCGGCUUCUGAGGUAUCCUGUGAAUGUUUCAAGGGAUGGAAUCAUUACUGCACUACCUGGACUUGAUUUCUUUCCUGACACCAAAGCCCGUGUUCUUGGGACAAAAUCUGAUUACCUUCCUCCAAUCCUUACUACUUGAUGUUCUUAUUCCUAGCAUGCAUCUAACUCUUGGCUGUAAAUAUUCGUACUAAUCAUACUUGAUGUGUUACUGAUAAAUGUAACUGUAAAUAGCCCAUGAUUAAAGCUGCUUGCUCUUGUGCCAAUA